CACGUACAUUCAAUUAAAACGUUCGUCCACUAAAACAUCAAAAAUAAAGAGAAAAUUAAAAUUUCUCUUUGAAAGUUGAAAUCCUGUCGUAUAAUUACCUUGGAUUUCAUUUUUUUGCGGCCAAAAAGGCCUAAAUUUGCAAGUUGUUGAGUAUGAAAGGAAAUAACCCAGUGUCUAAUGCAUUACUGGAGCCAUUACAAAAAAUGAAUCCAUUUAAAGAUUCGGGACCUUCGAAUCAUGGCCGUAGGGCAAGUAUCUCUUACGAUGAAGGAGAAGGACGAAGUUCUAUUGUUGAUGUAAAAGAUAACGAAGGACGUACAAUGCGAAUAGGUAGUACGAGACCUAGUAAGACAUCCAACUGGUUAGCUGGUAUGGUAGAAGACAAAAACCAACGUUGGAGGAGAGCCAUGGAAGAUGCACAUACAUGUUUUUAUGAUUUUGGAGGAAAUCAAAAUGAUGGCUUUAUAGGCGUGUAUGACGGACAUGCCGGGGCCCAAGCCGCUGACUACUGCAAAAGAGUCCUUCACAAGAUAUUGUUGGAAAAAUUGAGAAAAUUUCCUGACCGCCCUGUGACAGAUUUGCUUGAUGAGACCUUCGUUGAAGUAAAUGAUACCGUUGUAAAAGAAACCAAUAAUGAUGUCUGUGGUUGCACUUCCGCAGUUGCAUUCUUCCGCUAUGAAAAUAAUCGGUCUCGAAGAGUACUGUAUACGGCCAACGUCGGUGAUGCUCGUGUUGUACUUUGUCGCGAUGGUAAAGCUAUUCGCCUGUCUUAUGAUCACAAGGGAUCUGAUGAAAACGAGUCUCGUCGGGUCACUCAAUUAGGUGGAAUGAUGGUUCAGAACCGGAUCAAUGGUGUCCUUGCCGUUACAAGAGCUUUAGGUGACACUUACUUGAAAGAGCUCGUGAGCGCUCACCCUUUCACGACAGAGACACGAAUUUGGCCAGGCCACGAUGAGUUUUUCAUUGUAGCCUGCGAUGGACUUUGGGAUGUGAUUUCGGAUCAAGAAGCUGUUGAUUUUGUUCGGAAAUUCACUAGCUGUCGCGAAGCCGCUCUAAGACUGGUCGACCACGCAUUAAAAAGAUUAAGUACAGACAAUAUUACCUGCAUUGUCGUAAAUUUAACACGAACCCCUGGCGAUGUUGAUGAGCCCGGAGUCAUGCUUGAUUCCAAUAAUGAUUAUAGUAAUGAUUAUUAUUAAUGCAGUUAGCUUUUUUUUCUAAACCAUAUACAUAAUCUUUUGGGGCUUCCUUUUUUUGAGAAAUUCAAUUGGAUUUGGAUGAAACAAUAGAAAUAGCAAUGAGAUGUGGAUUACGACUCUUCUUCGAGGUUGUUUCUAAUAUCGAAUCCCUUACUCAGGUUAUACGUCCUUACAGGCUACCAUAUUAUGUUUAUUUUUUAUUUUCGGAUUUUCUCUUCUCAUGUUCUUUGUUUUAUCUAUAUUGAUGUGACAUAAUGACCGUCUUAGAUGUUUUAAUUUUGUUUUUGAAAUAAGCCUUCAUACGUUGUUCAAACAUAUCAUACCCUCUUCUCAUGAACUUAGUAUGGUUUAUUUUACAUACUCAUUUUUUAUACUCUAUAUAUAAAUGACAAUGUUAAAAUUUUCCAUCAUGGCCUUUCCUCUUUUAUUCAUGGUUCAUAAUUGCCGUUGCAAAAAAUACAAAAGUUUCACAGUAGUAUGUUUGAACAUACCAAACAGGCUAAUCUCUUGCUUUUCACCCGUUAUAUAAUUGCCUAAUUACAACUUUACAAGACUAUAGCCUCAAAAGGAAGGAAAUUGAAGUUAAACAAACAAUUCAUAACAUUCAUGCCAUAUAAACAAUAGACUACCUAAUAAAAGAGUGUAUAAUCAAAACGAAAA